AUGACUUGGUCGCCUAUACCAUCGAUUAUACCUAUCUUAAGUCGAUUAUUACAAAUUAACACAGAUACAAAAAUAUUACGUGGAGUUUGCUACAUAAUACGCAAGUUAAUUCAACAGUCGAAUAAACUCAUUUCAACUGUCAUCGAAAAUAGUGUCAUACCUCGACUUGUGACAUUAUUAGAACAUACAGUUGAAGUGAUUCAAUUAUCAGCUUUAACCGUUAUAAAAGAAAUUCUUGGUGGCAAUGAUCAAGAGAAACAGAUGGUACUUGAUGAUAAUGAUUUUCUUCCUCAUCUAUUGAUGUUAUUUAAUGUCAACAGAACAGUAAUCAUUGAAAAUCUCUGCGAUGCUAUAGUCAAUAUUACUGCUGGUACUGAAAGUCAAAUUCAAUCUGUUAUUGAUGCCGAUAUAUUUCCACGAAUGAUUCAGUGUCUGUAUCUUGAUGCUGAUAAAAUAAAGGAACGUGUAGCUUGUGCAAUAAGGAAUUCCACGCGUUUCUCAUCAACACAAACAAAAUACCUUGUUGACGAAGGAGUGAUUCCUCUACUGUGUGAUCUGUUACGUUCAUCAGAAACCAAAAUAAUUGAAGUAGUCCUUGAAGGUUUACAGAAUAUCCUUGGAUGGGGAGUUGCGGGAAGUAAACAGAUACAGAAUUCGAAUCCAUAUACAAUUCUCAUUAAAGAGUUAAAUGAAUUAGACAAAAUAGAAGAACUUCGAAGUCAUCGAGACAAUGAAGUAGCUUCAAGAGCGCGUUAUAUCAUUGAAACAUAUUUUGAUAUUCAUUGA